AUGCAAGAGGAGAAACACGAGAAUCUUCUCCGCCAGACCAUCGCAAAUUGGCCUACGUUUCCCUACGCAUACUGCAAUUUGUCGGUCCUUCUGGCUAAACGGGGUCAAGUAGGUCUGAUGGGUGCCUCGAGCCUUACCGAGGCAUCUCCAAAAUGGCCUUCCAUCUUACCGCUCUCACUCUUCGCUCUCUCUCGCCUCACGAACCUCUACAUCUGGCUGGCUGGCUUCCGGUGUAACACAAGCCCGAACAACAAGCUCUUCCCAGUCGCCAUGAAGCGCUCGUUCCAGCAAGUGUCACCAGUCAAGUCCGACGUCGAUGAAAACGCAUCGACCAUGGGAAGCGAGCCUGUUGCCAGCACUGCGGUAGCCCCCAGUCACGGCACCAACCUCUUCGGACGUGCACGGAAGCGCAGGGUACUGUGUCGUACCAAACCAUCGACUCUCGAGAUGAGUCCGACACUAAACAGUGGAAACCAUCUCGCGUAUUCAUGGACGUCACCGCUUGCUGCUCCUCGGAGAUGUGGCGACUUGGAGGCCAAUUUAAAGGAGGAGGCGUUGCUGCGACUGGUGCUCUCGCUCCUUAACGUACGUGAGCACCAGAUUAUUCGGCAAACCAACCAGUCAUGGCGACGACGUGUGCAGACUCUGGACGUGGAUCGUCUCGACUUGUCAGCUAGAACAUCACCGGUGUGCACUCGUACACUUAAUCGUGCGUGCCGAGGAGUACUGCAGAACUACAGUCGCGUUCGUCGCAUUGAUCUAUCGGGUCAACGUUCCAUUACCGACCGCGACCUGCUCGUAUUGACAUCGAGCUUUUGGGCACACCUGGAAGAGAUCGUUGCGGAUGACUGUCUGGAGAUUUCAGAUUUUGGUUUGCUCGCAGUACUCAAUGCACAGUCGCUUCGGUUGCGCUCGGUAUCCGUGCGUCGAUGCAAACGAGUGACCGGUGAACUGUUCGCAGCUCAAUCCUCGCCAUUGCAGCAGCUCACAGGAGCACACCCAUCUCUGAUCAAUCUUAAUCUGGACGACACAAGUGUGAGUCGAGCUUUCAUUUCACGCAUUGAGGCUCAGUUCCCAACGCUCCAAAGUUUGAGUGCUUUGCACACUCCAGCCCACCGAUCGUUUUUCCAGCAAAACUCGACGUUGAACGCGCUGUUGCACGAACUGCAGUUGUUGGUGAGCAAUGAACUCGUUGACUUGCCGUUGCUACCUGCUCUUCUCGAUGAAUUCAACCGGUGGUGCUGUGGCCGACGUGGACGUGAAGCUGGAGUCUUUGAACGAACUUUGGUUGCCAGUGGGUCUCGUGCGCUGUUAGACGUACCAUUGCUCCUGUCUGGUAGCAUCGAUUCCACUAUUGAAAGCCCCAAUGAAGCGGAAGGCGACAUGGUGCUGAUGUCACCUCUGCUAUACGCUUGUGCUAGCGGAAGAACGCGUCUCCUACCAGUUAUUCUGGCAGCAGGACGCAACGGCACGGCGUUCGAUUUGGAGAAUACAGACGUCGACGGGCACUCGCCCUUGAGUCUUGCAGUCGCAAACGGUUUUACCGAUGCCACACGACUGCUAUUGCGAGCUGGAUGCGACGUCAACACUCGUUCAGUGGGGUUAGCGUCUCCCCUCUACCUGACGAGUGAACAAGGCUGGGAUGUUCUGGUGGACAUGCUUCUUGACGCAAAUGCGCAACGAGACUGUGCUGUUACCGGUGGCGCGACGGCUUUGUGUGCUGCUGCCAAGAACGGCCACCGGUCGACUGUACUGAGGCUUCUUGCAGCUGAGAGACAGGCUGAGGAUGAAGGACAAGUUCGAGGGCGUACGAAUAAGCAGCAGCAAGCUCAGGCUUUGUUCCUGGCCUGCGAAGGCGGCCACUUGUUCGUGGUGUCUGAUCUCCUGCUGCUCACUGAAUUGGACGCCAACGUUCUCAUGGAUGAGAACGUAUCACCGCUCUACUUGGCGUGUCAAAUGGGGUACGAAGCCAUCGUCUCGCUACUACUAGAGCGUGGAGCGGACCCCUGUUUCCGUCGUCCGCAAGGUGGAGUGUCAUGCUUGUACAUCGCAGCUCAGGAGGGACAUGACCAGAUUGUGCGGCUGCUACUUCACGCAGGAGCUGACGCUCACGCCAAGAUGGAAGACAUGUCCACGGCACUGCACAUUGCUGCUCGCAUGGGACGCAAGGCUGUUUCCCGGACGCUGCUUCGCUGCGGGGCUCGUCUAGAUGAUCAGACCCGCUCCGGACUAACAGCGCUGUACAUUGCAAGCGAGGAAGGCCACGUGAAGCUCGUCGAGUUUCUACUAGAGGUCGGCUUUGCUACUCGGCCGUGCAAGUGCCACAGUGACCAAGCACAACGCUACUUCUAA